UCAGAAUUAGUUUUUGGGUCCAUUUUCUAGAUAAAAGAAAAGAUGCUUUCUUUCAAAAAAAAUAGUUGUUGAUGUUUUUAAAGGGUGGGGAAGGAGAUGCACAUGGAGUGCUUCUGUCUUUGUGUGUUUGUGUGUGUGUGUGAGAGAGAGAAAGAGCAGGUAUAAUCAUGGAGGUUCGUUCCUUCUGGCAUUAGCAUGUGCAUCAAUCACUUCGACCCACUCAUAUUCCUUCUAUCUAGAUAGUUUAUAAGUUACCCUCAUUCACAAACUGAACCAUUGGAAAUCAAUUCUUGCUGCUGAUAUGAACAAUUGUUCAGCUCCUUGCAGUAGAUCCUGGUCGAUAAGUGAGGAUUCGUUGAGGAGAUACGUAUUCUAUGCGAGUGAGAACUGUAUUCAGGAAUUACUCUACGCAUCCGACUCCAACAGAUUUGGAAAUGGAAGCGAUGGUUGGAAAGUGAUAACGCUUGAGAAUGGAGUGGAGAUUUCGAAGCGAAGGUCAGGAUCGCUUCAUACUUUUCGAAGCAGAUGGCUUCUAAGAUCAGUCUGUCCUCAACAAUUCAACAGUGUAGCUAAUGCCAUUGAUGCUGCAAAGCAAUGGGAUUCUGAUUUGGUGGAAGCUAAUUACAUAAAAGAUUUACAAGAUAAUCUCAGCAUUAUUAGUUUGAGGUUUGGGGAGAACGCGAAGCCCCUUUUUCGAAACAGGGAGUUCAUUGUGUAUGAGAGACGCGAGACCAUGGAUGAUGGGACUCUGGUGGUGGCAGUUGCUUCGCUGCCGAAAGAGAUGGCGGCUGGUUUGCAUCCAAAACAGAGUAAAUCAAUAAGAGGAUUUCUACUACAGUCUGGAUGGGUGGUGGAGAAACUUGAAGAUGAAUCAUGCAUGGUCACAUAUGUCGUCCAGAUGGAUCCAGCUGGGUGGUUACCAAAGUGCUUUGUGAAUACAAGGUUGGUAAUGAUAAUUGAAAACCUUAGGAAGGUAGUAGCUUUGGGUCAGGAUUCUCCAAUUAGCAACAACAGUGUCACUGAAUCAUCAUCAUCUUCUUCUUCAACUAAGUUGUGAGAUCAAUCAUAUUUCUUUCUUGAAUGUUUGUGAUUUCCAUAUGGAAAUUCAACUUUAGGAAAAGAAAAAUGCAUUAUAGAUAAUAAUAAUAAUAAUAAUAAUAAUUCAUGGGUGAUGGCAAGUUGAUGAUUGGUUGAUUGAUUAUACUUCCUCCUAAUGUGAUUAUUAUUUUGUUGAUGAAUCCUUCAAUUAAUGAAACAUAUAUCUAUAGAGAUUAUAUAUUUUAAGU